AUGGGCAUCCAGGGCAUGGAGCUGUGCGCCGUGGCCGUGGUCAUCCUUCUCUUCAUCGCCGUCCUCAAGCAGUUUGGCAUCCUGGAGCCCAUCUCUGUAGAAGACAGCGGCGAUGCCGACGUGGAGCUCCCGACCAUCCGGCACCAACCCGAGGGGCUGGAGCAGCUGCUGGCUCGGACCAAGUUCACCAAGACGGAGCUUCAAUCCCUCUAUCGUGGCUUCAAGAACGAAUGUCCCAGCGGCCUCGUGGAUGAGGAAACCUUCACACUAAUCUACUCGCGGUUCUUCCCUCAAGGCGACGCCAGCUCCUACGCCCAUUUCUUGUUCGACGCCUUCGACGCCGACCGCAACGGGGCUCUCUGCUUCCAGGAUUUCGCGGUGGGACUCUCGGUGCUGCUGCGGGGGACGGAGCAGCAGAAGCUGAAGUGGACGUUUGACCUCUACGACGUGAAUAAGGACGGCUACGUUACCAAGGAGGACAUGCUGGAGAUCAUGAAAUCUAUCUAUGCCAUGAUGGGCCACUGCACCGAGCCCGCCCUAGGGGCCAGCGCGCCGGCCCAGCACGUGGAGCUGUUCUUCCAGAAGAUGGACAGGAACAGGGACGGCGUGGUGACUUUCGAGGAGUUCCUGGCCACGUGCCAGGAGGACAAGGACAUAAUGAGCUCCAUGCAGAUCUUCCAUAACGUGCUCUAGAUCCUGCCCACCCCCCGGAGUUUUUCUAGUGUUUCAGACAAACAAGAAUUUCAAAGGCAGAAGAAAUCUAGCAUGUGGCUCCCAGAGACGGGAUAUUUCAAGGACGACGUUGUCACCAGAGCCUCCCGGAGUGUGGCUCUACCACCUGCCAGACAGACCCGUUUUGGGGGACUGAGCCUCCCCUCGACACGGACCCCCCCUUGGCGGUGCAGGGACUUGACACAGCACAAGCCCAACCCCAGGGUCCCCAGGGUGGGAGCCCUGGGACACAGGGACUGCCUGGGACCUGAGAACCCUCAGAGAUAGGACCCUCCAGGAUGUGGGGGCUCUCUGGGUGGGAGUCUCCAUAUUGCGGCCAUGAAAUGGAACCCUC